ACAGCCAUCCCCGCCGGAAUUCCAUCUUUCGGGUCACCACCAACUGGCGAUGAUGCUUUUACAAAUUCCCCAAAAUCGGAUCCUCCAUUUCCACUCUUUUCGCCUUCUCCAGAAUCUAAUUCAAAUUUAAAAUCAUCAAUUCCGUCAAUUCCAUCGGAAACUUCCAAACCAAUGAGCCCAAAAACGAUAAAGUCACCUGAUGUUGGAACUACCUCGAGUAUAAAAAAAACUCCUUGGCAGAUAAAAGAAAAGGCUUGCAUUGAAGUUAGUGGUCCAUCAAACAAAACGGUAGUAGAACCUGAAACUAUACAACGAAUUUCUUGGAAUCAAUCUCCAUGUCAAAUGGAAGCUCGAAUAGUUGGAAACUUUGCUAUUUUAUUAUUCAAUAGUUUGAAACUUGUACCUGACGCAAAGAAACGUGAUUAUUCUCAAAAUGGAAAAAUAAUGUACGAUUGGGGUCCUAUGCCGAUCGCGUCGGAUUUAACAAAUAUUACUAAUAACUACGAUUGGUAUGAAAAGAAAGUACCUUACUUAAAUCAUCCAAGGAUUUCGAAUUCAUCAGAUUUCUAUAUUCGAGUAGAAACAAUGUCUAGAUCAGGUAUCUUUGGAUCUAGUGUCCCUUUGGGUGGACUUUAUGGUCCAUUUUCAAUCGAAUUAAAAGAUCCUCCAGAAGGUCAAAAUAUCACACACGAACAAAUUGGGUCUCAUAAUUCUUUAGGAUCUGAAUUAUGGAUUCCGACAUUCACUAAAAUUUGUUUUUGGGGG